AUGACCACCUCGACUACCGCAUCGAGCCAUCAGCGAUCGCGUACUCCAGGGCCAGGAGAAGAACCCCGUCGAGAUGGAUAUCCCGGAUUGGGCAGUAGUUCUGACUGCAUCUACAGUCUGGGUGAGUCCCUCAAUGGGUUGGAGGUCUUCAGGAGCCCAUCCCCUAUAACAAAUAGUGGUGGAGUUUGGACAGCAGGCCUCAAACGAUAUGGAGGCACAGAAUUCGAUGCCUACUGUUUACAACAAGGUCUCUCUAGAGACAGCGUCCUUGGAGGACUUCCCCUAAACUCUGACUACGAGUCGCUACCCCGAGAUUCUUCAAUGGGUGGACCACAUCACUUUGGCGAAUUCUUUGUCAAUCUGCGUCGAGAAGCCAACGGCUUCGGAUUCAAACUUCUGGGUGGUUCGGAAGAGGGCACUCAGUUAAUAAUUGGAAGCUUGGCUUCCGGUGGAGCAGCUGAGCGAAGUGGACAAAUGCGCGCCGGUGAUCGAUUGGUGUCAGUGAAUGGAGUACGGGUCUUCGGUGGUACUCAUGCCAGGGCUCUUGAACUCCUGGAACGAGCCACAGAAACCCAUGGAGAAGUCACGCUAGGUCUCUGGCGACCUUCACCUUCCCUUCCAAAUUCCAAUUCUACAGUAAGUACUUCCAAUGGCAUAGCACUAACAAACUUUUAA